AUGCCUUUCGAUACCAAGCUCACUCGUGCCCUGGGCAUUAGAGUCCCCGUUGUCCAAGGUGGCAUGCAAUGGGUCGGUUACGCUGAGAUGGCCGCCGCCGUCUCCAACGCCGGCGGUCUCGGCCUCCUCACAGCCCUCACGCAACCCACCCCCGAAGACCUGCGCAAGGAGAUCCGCCGCUGCAAAACCAUGACCAAAUACCCCUUCGGCGUGAAUAUCACCCUCCUCCCCGCCAUGGUUCCCCCGGACUACGGCGCGUACGCCCAGGUCGUCAUCGAAGAGGGCAUCAGGAUCGUCGAGACCGCCGGCAACAGCCCCGGCCCCGUCAUCAAGCAGCUCAAGGCCGUCGGCACCAUCAUCCUGCACAAGUGCACCACCAUCCGCCACGCCGAGAGCGCCGUCAAGCUCGGCGUCGACUUCCUCUCCAUCGACGGCUUCGAGUGCGCCGGCCACGUCGGCGAGAGCGAUCUCACGAACUUCAUCCUCCUGAGCCGCGCGCGCCAGACCCUCACGGUCCCGUUCAUCGCCUCUGGUGGGUUCGCUGACGGCCACGGCUUGGCUGCGGCGCUCAGCUUGGGCGCUGAGGGUAUUAACAUGGGUACCCGCUUCAUGAGCACCGUCGAGGCUCCCAUCCACAACAACGUCAAGGAGCAGAUCUGCAAGGCGUCCGAGCACGACACCCAGCUUGUGCUGCGCAGAUGGAAGAACACCAGCAGACUGUACAAGAACAAGGCGGCUGUUGAGGCGUUCAAGAUCGAGUCGACCAGCACGACGGGCAAGUUCGAGGAGGUCGCGCCGUGGGUGUCGGGUAAGAGGGGAAGACAGGUGUUUAUCAACGGUGAUGUUGAUUUCGGAGUGUGGACUGCCGGACAGGUCAUUGGUCUUAUUCACGAUAUCCCUACGUGCGAGGUUCUGUUGAGGAGGAUUGAGAAGGAGGCCGAGGAGACGAUCAACAGGGCAUCGUCGCUGAUUGUUGCCAGCCCCAAGUUGUAGAGGGUUUGUCUGUAGCGAUGGGUGUUGUAUGAUGGAUAUGAUAUAUUUACAGCCGAUAUAGAAGAGCUGUACAGCCUAUUUCUUGUGUAUUGUUCAUUGUGAAGUUCUCGUGGCCUCUGAGACUACAGUCCACUCUCGCCAAGACGAUGUCGGAUUAGUCAAGAACAUCGCUAAGUCGAUAUUUUUUUCAGCACCAAAUUGAUUUUCGCACUCAAUUCUCGAUAUUCGCGAUAUUGACCUUCUGACCUUUAAUUAUCGACUUAUCCAACUCUAUUAUGCCUCGAAAACACACGAUUACACUCGAACAGCGCCGUGCCCUUCGACAUUAGGCACACAAACAGCACCCGAAACCCUCCUAGAAAGCCUGCAUCAACUGGUUUCUUCACGAAUUCAAUCAUAGGCUCAGUCAAUCGACAAUAUCAGAUAGCCUUAGUAACCGCUUUAAACAUCUCGACAACUCGACAACAACUAGACAACGAAAUCGAACUGGCCAAUGGCCUCAACUUGAACAAAUUCUCUACGACUUUUAGCGACGAAUUGAUAGCCGCGGUGGCUUUGUGUCAGGAUGCUCUCCAAGCCAAUCACCUCAGGGCAUUAGAGCGUUUAGAGGGCGAAAUUGAGGCAAUUCAGCUUAAUUCCUUGGUUUAGGAGACAUUAGAUAGGUGGAUUACAUAAUACUUGGC